AUGGGGCGCUUGGCCAAGCGUGUGGCUGUGGCUCCUUCUUCCGCACCAUUCUCCUCUCCCACGCGCUCUCACUCGACGCAGCCUGUUCCCCCGCCAGCGCCUAUCCCGGAGAUCUCGCCAGACAACACGUACGAUAUUGUGAUCAUUGGUGGUGGUCCGGCGGGUCUCGCGCUAGCGACUGCGAUGGAACUGACAACAGUGUCGCACGGCGCACUGCAAGACGCUCGCAUCCUCCUGCUGGAGGGAGGCAGCCUUGCACCGGUACGCAACUGGGACGACGGUGGGCCGUGGUCGAACCGCGUGUCCUCCCUCACUGCCGAAAACAUCGAGUGGCUGCAGGAGAUCGGGGCUUGGAAGCACAUCGCACUUCCGCGCUCGCGGGCUGUUGACGACAUCAUCGUCUUCGCCAACCCCGACCCCGACUCACACCCCAUGCUCCACUUCCCACCACAGGAUGCCCCGCUUGCCCGGAUGACCGAGAACGUCAACACGCAGCGCGCACUCCUUCGCCGCCUCGAAGAGGUCGGCGCCAACGUAACGGUGCGGGAGGGCGCGCGCGUCGGCGAGAUGCGCUAUGGCGAGGGAAGGGGAUGGGUCGGGCUGCGGAUGGGUGACGAGUGGGUGCGGGGAAGUCUGGUGGUCGGUGCCGACGGGCCCAACUCGCCCGUUCGCCAGUUUGCCGAGAUCGACACGUUUGGGCAUGCGUACAAUGCCCAUGGUGUGGUUGCAACGAUGUCGCACCUUCCCCCAGCGGUGUGGCCGAACCACACGGCAUUCCAGCGUUUCCUCCCGACUGGACCGCUCGCUUUCCUCCCGCUCGCCGACGACGCGAGUACCAUGGUGUGGAGCACGACUCCAGAGCUCGCCGCAGCAUUGAAGCGUCUUGCGCCGGACGCCCUAACGCUCAUGAUCAACGCAGGGUGGAACCUCCCCGAGGCGGAUCUUGCGGUCGUCAACGAGGCACUGCUGGCCGCCGACGGCGCAGGUACCCCGCUCACGCGCGACGCGAUCGCGGGGCUCCUGGGCGCGUGUGAGGGCGCCAUGCCGAGCGAAGCACCGCUGCCGCCUACCAUCACGUCCGUGGACCCCAAAUCAGUCGCCUCCUUCCCUCUCCGCCUGGCUCAUGCCGACGCGUACACGGCCCACCGCCUCGCGCUCGUCGGCGACGCCGCGCACACCACCCACCCACUCGCAGGCCAGGGCUUGAAUGCCGGCUUGGCCGACGCCCGAGUCCUGGCGUCGACGCUGGCCGACGCCCGCCGCGUCGGUGCCGACCUCGGAUCCAUCACCGCACUCGCGCCAUACCCCCGCGGCCGGUACCUCCCAAACCACGUGAUGCUCGCCGCGGUCGACAAGCUCAACUGGAUCUUCGGCAGUCGCUCGCCCCUCAUCAACUGGGCGCGCGGGACCGGCCUUGAGGUCUUCAACGAGCUGGGACCUAUCAAGGAUUUCUUCAUGGCCAACGCAGGCAGCGGAAACAGCCGCGCGCGCACUGAGAAAGACCGCGUGUUUGGGCGGUCGCAUGCUUCUGACCGUCUCACUGGUGGCGCCGGUGGUCUUCCAGGUUUCCUUGCCGAUGCGACGGACGCGCUCGGCAUAGUGCGGAGCAUUGGCCGGGCGGCGGGUGAUGCCGUUGCAGAGGGCGUGAAAGUUGCCCUCCGCCGUGGGGCCGAUGCGCUCGAGAGCCGGCAAUCACCACCCAAGCAUUAG